CAUUUCGAAGCGGAGGCGCGCGCCUGCGGUUCCGCCCGCCAGUUGCUGCGACUCAUCCCCACCCCGCUCCGCUCGCCCUUCGCCGCCGCGACGGCAACCGCCGAUGGCUCCUCCACGCCGCCCCCCUCCUUCCCGACCCGCUAAACACGCCGUGUUCCUCUUCCUCGCCGCGGCCGCCCUCGUCGGGCCCGCCGUCGGGGUGGAGAUCCUCUCCAAGUCCCGCCUGGAGCGCUGCGCCCUGGACUCGGGGGCCGGCGGUGCCCUCGCCUGCGACCGCAAGCUCGUCCUCAACCUCGCCGUCCCCAGCGGCUCCAGCGGCGGCGAGUCGUCGCUGGUGGCGCAGGUGGUGGAGGUCGAGGAGAACGAUGCGCAGGCGAUGCAGACGGUGCGGGAUCCCCCCGUCAUCACCAUCAACAAGUCCGCCGUCUACGCGCUCUACGCCCUCAGCUACAUGAGGGAUGUUGCUUAUAAACCAGAGGAAAUGUUUACCAAGACACAUAAAUGUGAGUCAGAUGCUGGUGCUGAUGUUGUUGGAGUUUGUGAAAGGUUAUGGGAUCAGAACGGUCACGUAAUUGAGCAGACAGAGCCGGUUUGUUGUCCAUGUGGGCCUCAUCGCCGUGUUGGUUCGUCUUGCGGAUCAAUUUUUGAUAAAAUGAUUAAAGGCAAAGCUAAUACGGCUCACUGUGUACGUUUUCCAGGUGAUUGGUAUCAUGUUUUUGAAAUUGGGACAAGGUCAACUGGGUACAGCAUCAGAGUACAAGUAAAGAAAGGCUCUUCUGUAACGGAGGUUAUUGUUAGUCCAGAGAAUAAAACAGUUGUUUCUAAAGAUAACUUUCUGAGGGUAAAUCUCAUUGGUGACUAUGUUGGUCACGAUAGUAUGCCAACAUUUGAAGACUUCUAUCUUGUGACUCCACGGGAGGCUGGUGGUGACGGUCAACCGCAAGUUCUUGGCGAUGAGUUUUCCAGGUGGAUGCUGUUGGAGAGAGUCCGGUUUACAUUAGAUGGACUUGAGUGCAACAAGAUUGGUGUUGGGUAUGAAGCUUACAGAAACCAGCCUAACCUCUGUGGAUCACCAUUUGGGAGCUGUUUGUACAAUCAGCUUUGGAAUUUCAAGGAGUCUGACGACAAUCGAAUAUACAGAAACCAAGAGCCCCAGUAUAUUGUGCAGGGAAGAUUUGAUAGGAUCAACCAACACCCGAAUGCAGGAGCUCAUUCAUUCUCUAUUGGAAUCACAGAAAGUCUGAAUACUAAUUUGCUGAUAGAGCUGAGUGCUGAUGAUAUAAAUUAUGUAUACCAGAGGAGUCCAGGGAAAAUAAUUGACAUUAAUGUCCCUACAUUUGAAGCCUUAAGCCAAGUUGGUACUUCCAAGGUCACAAUUAAGAACAUUGGCAAACUGGAAGCUUCAUAUAGCUUGACGUUCGACUGCUUAAGUGGCAUCAGUUAUGUGGAGGAGCAAUUUCAUUUGCAGGAGCAAUUCUUCAUCAUCAAACCUGGCCAAGUGGUUAUCCGCUCAUUCUAUUUGCGUUCCUCAUCAGACCAAGCAUCAAAAUAUCGCUGCUCGGCUAUUUUGAAAGCGUCAGAUUUCAGUGAACUUGACAGAGCAGAAUGCCAGUUCUCGACUACAGCCACCGUUCUUGACAAUGGAACACAGAUCGGCCCACCGAAGCAGCAUAAGAAGGGUGGCAUCAGGGGUUUCAUCGAAGCCAUCGAAACCUUGUGGCGCAACACAUGGGACAGCGUGAUCGAUUUCUUCACCGGCAGAUCAUGCAGCACCAAGUGCACGAGCUUCUUGGACCUGAGCUGCCACAUCCAGUACAUAUGCAUCGGCUGGCUCGUCAUGUUCGGCCUGCUGCUCACCACGCUACCCGCUGUCGCGGUGCUGCUGUGGCUGCUCCACCAGAAGGGCAUGUUCGACCCGCUGUACGACUACUGGGAGGACGUGUUCGGGCCACCGGAGGACGCGCACCCGAAGCACCGGGGAGGCCGAGGCCACCACGCGCACGCCCACACCCACCACCACCACCACCACCACAGCAAGCACCCGCACGCGCACAAGAAGCAUAGCAGCGGGGCGGCCGGGCAGCAGCAGCACCACCAUCACCACCACGUCCUCCACAGGCAGGGCGGCAAGCCCGACGACGGCGAGCAGCACCGGCAUGCAGCAGCGCUCGGCGUGCAGCACAGGGACGCCGGGCACAAGCACCACCGGCAUGGCAAGGCGCCGCAGAGGGAGAGGGAGAGGGCACAAGACCGUGAGCGCGAGCACCGCCACCACCACUCUCGGGCGGCGUAGAAGAUGGUUGUGAUCAACGGGCUCAAUGCCAGUCGAUGGAUAUAUAUAUAUAUAUAUAUAUAUAUAUAUAUAUAUAGGACGCUUGAAGGAAAUUAGGAACUCGUUGCGACUUGUGUGAUUCACGGUGUUCAUUUGUGAUUGGUGCUGUUAAGUUGUACUAGUAGUACUACAUAACAGCUUUUAGUCGUGCGUCAAGUUAUUUUUCAAUGCAUUUGGGAACGGAUGGAUCUCGUAAGCACGCACA